AUGGAAAUUGUCAACGCGGUCAUACCUGAUGAUUUAGAGGAAAUUCGUAGUUUAUUCCGAGAAUAUGAAAAUUUUCUUGAAGUGGACAUUUGUUUUCAAGGAUUUGAAGAAGAACUACAAACUUUACCUGGGAAAUAUGCACAGCCUAAAGGAAGACUGCUCCUGGCAAGAAAGAACGACAUUAUUGCAGGAUGUGUUGGACUGAGAGAAUUGCAACCUGGUAUCUGUGAAAUGAAACGUCUCUAUGUAAGACCAAAAUUUCAAGGAAAAAACCUCGGAAGAAAAUUAGUUAAAAGAAUUAUUCAAGAAGCGCAAAACAUCGGUUACACACGGAUGAGAUUGGACUCUCUUGGGAAAUUGAAAGCAGCCCUGUCGCUUUAUAAAUCAUUGGGUUUUCGAGAAACCCGCCCUUAUUACGACAAUCCCCUUUCCAAUGUUGUCUACUUACAACUUGACUUAACUCAAUUAUCCAACUCAAGCGAAUAA